AUGGCGAAGCGCAGCAGCGGGAGCGGGAGCGGCCGCCUGGGCGGGCUGUGGGCGCUGGUGGCCGCGCUGUGCCUGGCGCCGCCGCCGCCGCCCUGCCGCGCGCUGCCGCCGCCCGCCCGCAACCUCACCGACUGCCGCCUGCGCUCGCGGGCGCUGCUGGCGGCGCUCGGCGGCUCCCUGCGGCAGCUCCAGUUCUUCUUCUUUUCCACACAGGCGUUUAACACACUAGGAUUUGAGUGCACCCUUGAAGAGCUUGAUCUUGAAGAUAUCACUGAGAAUCACAUCAACACGAUAAAAGCUUGUACAUCCGAGGAUUCAGGGGCUGGAAACUGCCCAGCACUGGAAGGACCUGCUUUUGAUACGAAUAAAUGCCUGCGAGGUAUCUAUGAAGAUCUGAAGGUCUACAGGGCAGAGCUGAAGAAUUUCAAUGAUCCAGAGGUGUUGACAACUAUCGAUGAGAUGAUGAAAGCUCUGAGGAUCGGCAGCACCAGCGUGCUGCAGCCGUCGGCAAACGCAGCCUUGACUUUCAAAGAGAGGAUGAGACUCUGCAGCGUGCUUCAUGCUUUCCGAAUCCGCGCUGUGACCAUCAACAGGAUGAUGAACUACCUGACCGCUCUGGAGAGCUCGCUGUGAGCACCCUGCUCGGGGAGCACGUCGGGUGUAAGUGUGGAUAAUGGUUGUUUGGAGUACUAGAUAUCCUGCCACGUCUUUGGGGACUUUUCAGGAAUUAAGCACCUAACAUUUUACAGAAUUUCUUAUAAAUCAAACCAUGUCUUAGUGAACUACUGUCAAAGCCUUUUAAGCUACUAUGUUCAAUUUUGAAGUUUUGGAAAAUAAGCUAUAUUUUACGAAAGUGUUCUCAAACAACCAAACACUCAACUAUAUCUUUUUCUUAAAUGUUUUAUUUAUUCAAUCAUAAGUUUAUAUAAGUUAAAACAUAUUUAUACUAUUCCUGUUUUAUUUAUAAUGAUAUUCCUUAUUUAUUCUUUUUAUUGCCUAAUAAAAUUUAAAAUAUUUAUUAAAA